GCCUCGACAAUAACAUUGAACUAGUCGUUGUAUGUGUAUUGCCUGACUCACCGAUAAAGGCAUGACUCAAUCUCAGCUGCAUCUACCGCUCUUUACAUCUCUUAAGCUUACCUUCAAUAACCCCCAGACAAUUAUCUUUGAUAAUAUACCACGACAGUCACUACCUCGACACAAUCCUCAUUAAAACCAGAAGAGUAAAGAAACACUACAAUUCAGACACCAAUCCAACAGCCAGAACAAUGCUAACCCCCGCCCCGACAUCCCCCUCCCCAAUCCUCACCUCGACCCCGCGCCUGCACAUCUCCCUCCUCUCCUCCACCCCAACGCACAGUACCUUCCUCUACCACCUCUGGACCACCCCAGACUUCACCACCUCCUGCGGACCCUCUCCCUUCAAAAAUCCCCACGACGCCACAAACUUCCUGACAAAGCGCCUGCAAAACAUCUACACCACCUUCAACCACCAGCGCGGCAUCUUCCUCCUCUCCCGCCGACCGCAUCCCACCGCCACAUUGGACGAAAGCGUCCCCAUCGGCACCAUCUCCCUGAUGCAAGGCACUCCGCCGGACGGAUACAGUGUCCCCGACAUCGGGUUCUGCGUGCUGCCCGAGGGGAACGGGAGGGGGUAUGCGACGGAAGCCGGGCGGGCGAUGGUCGAGUAUGCCUGCACAGAAUUGGGGGUGGACGGGGUGUUUGGGUUCUGCGAUGUGGAUAACGCCCGGAGUCGGCGGGUGUUAGAGAAAAUUGGCUUGGAGAACAGGGGGGAGAGAGCGUUGAAAGCUUUCGGAGGGCGGAGGAGUGCUGUUUAUGCUUUGUCGGGGAUGGAUGCGGAUUUGGGGGUGUAUGGGGUUGAGGGUUGAAUUGGAUUCUCCUUUCUGGGAGAGAGGCUUGCGAAACUGUGAUUUGGUUCUAGGGCUGGGUUAUUGAUACGAUACCAUUCGAGACGAAGAAAAAAAUGUGAAUAGCAUUGUAUGCUAGCUUAUGCACAACGGUAUUAGUAGUAACUACCUCGCUUUAAUGCACAACUA